CUGUUUUUAUUUUCGCGCCAACCAAGAAAAAAACCUAGACUUAUGGUAUUUCGAAACUUAAAAUUUUAUAUUUUGAUGAUUUUGCAUAAAAUAAACAAGAAAUUAUGGAUUUAAUUAGUUCAACAACUGUAGAAAGCUUUCACAACGAUAAUUCCCAUACAAUAACAAUGAAUGCUAACCAAAAUACCGAAGAAAAUCCACCUGAAACUGAUCCAAAUGAAAAUAGCAGUGCCAACAGUUCUUUUAAUAAAAUGGAAUGUCUUCUGGUUGAAGAGGAUGAUGAAGAUGUUUUAGGAACUGAAAGUCUACGAAUGUCUGGCUCUGACGACGAUGGUGAUAACAUAUCUCCAGUGCGUCGAAAGAAACGUCCCACACAACAGAUCGUCGAUAGUGAUGAAGAUGAUGAAGGAAAGGAAGGAAAUGUAGACAAUGAUAAUAAUGAGGAAGUCAAAGAGAAUGAAAUAUCCCAUAAGCCAAAGAAGUUCUCGGCUUUGAUAGAUUCUGAUAGUGAACCUGAAGAAACAAUAGAUGAGGUUAUAGAAAAGCCAAAUAGUCCAAAAAUAAGUGAGGACGAGUCGGAAGCCGAUGAGAGAUCAGUAAAAGAAACAAAACAAAAAAAGAAGAAAAAUAAACAAGAGAAAUCCAAGAAAAAGAAAAAGGAUCCUAAACCAAUUACAUCGGAUAGUGAAAAUGAGGAAGAAUCAACAAAACCAUCGAAAUCUAAAACGAAAGUCUCAGAUCUUGUUGAUUCUGACAGUGAAUCUUCAAAUGCUAGCAGUGAUCACGAAGAGGAAAACCAGGAGAAUAAAAAACCUCCAGCUCCACGACAGAAGAAACCACAAAGAGCAUCAGCAAAGAAAGCUAUGGACGAAAUGCAGGCCAUUCAAAGUGAAACCCAAAGGCUAUACAGAGAAACUGAAGUCAAUAUUCCUUAUCACAAGCCAAAGCGACACACCCUCAAAGAAUUCCUUACCAGACGCACCAUAGUUAAACCGUCACUUAAUCAGCUGGGACCUGGAAAAAGUCUUAAAAUGUCUCCUGAAGAGCUGGAGGAAUACGCGAAACAAUUGGAAGAACGCGCUAAGGAAGCAACUGAAUUCUUCAAGAGUGAAUCAGAGGAUGAACUUAAAGAUGUUGAAGAAAAUGAAUCAACAGAUAAGAAUCCAUCUGUCGAACCAAUGGAAACGUCUAUUUCCGAGACAAAUAUUAAUAAUGAAUCGGAAGCACCAGCAGAAGCAGUACAACCUGAUGCAACACAACCGUUAAACACUGAAGAAAUAGACCAAAUUUUAAAAGAACAUGAAUUUAUAUCACAACCUUCGACUGAAGAGCUUCUAAAUGACCUUCAAAGUGAAUCCGAACCGCAACCAUCUACAUCAGCUUCAACCUCUAAUGGUCUUUUAAACGAACAAGAGAACAAAGCAAGUCCAUCUGCUGCUAGACCAUCCGCAUUGGCUGAACUUAAACGUCGUCUCAUUGCUGAUAAGUCUAUUCCCCUUGUUCCAAAAUUAAAAGGUGAUGCAAAUAUGAUGAUUGACUUUGAAACUGGUGACAUGUUUGCACGCAAGCCAACUGGCGUUGAAAACUUAUUCCAACGAUUUAUUAAAUCAAAUAAGAACAACAAAAGGAAACCAGAAGAAACCACUCCCAGUCAAGAACUUCAAACAACACUCAAAGUUGCUGUAAUUCAAGAGUCUAACAAAGAAAAAGAACCCAAACCUGGAGCAGCUUAUAUGAAACUCAAGGAAAAUCUGCGAACUCUGAUAAGUAGGAAACGCAAGGAAGAAUUUAGAAAGAAAAUCGAAGAAACCAAAGAAGAGGAAGAUGAAUAUAACAAAUGCUGCGGUUUGGAUGAUGAAGAGUUUGAUGAAGAGGACAAAAAGGAAGAGAGAGAAUCCAAGAGUAAAUCUAGAAAGUCUCAACAUGAUAUUGUGAUUGACGAAGAAGAAAAUGAAAUUGAUUUAGAAGAAUACGAAAAUGAUGAAGAUGAGGAGGAAAACCAGGACACAGAAAUCGCCGAAGAAAACACUAAAGGCGAAGAAAAUGAAGAAGAACCAGAAGCAGCCGAAGAUGAUAACGAAGAGGAAAAGCAAGACGAUGAUGAAAACAAGAGUGACAGUAGCAGUAGUGACGAAGAAGAGCAAGAAAAUAAUGAAGAUCCAUCCAUGCGCAAACAUCGAGUUAUUAAAGCAUUUGAAGACUCUGAUGAUGAAGUGAACCCAGGUUUGAAUGAAACAUCUACUAGCGUUCUUUAUGCUGAAGAAGAAAAUAAAAAUCCAGUAGAAGUUGAAAAUGAGUUGUUAGAUUUGUGUUCGGGACAGUUUGCUGCGACACAAGCAGCCACACUCAUAAGCCAGAUACCUAUCACACAAACUCCAGGAAAUGUUAACGAAACUGAGUUAGAAGAAUUGUGCUCAGGAGUUUUUAAUGAAGGAAACACACAAAUUAAUGGUACUCAAAUACAAGAAACCCAAGUUGAAAAAACCCAAAAGACUGUUACGAGGAUUUUAUCGUCUGAUGAAGAAAAAGAACCAGAUGAAGAGGUUUCCAAAUCUGAAGCAAAGAAAGUAAAGAAACUCAGAAAGAAAAAGAAGAAACACAUGAAACUAGGAUUUUCGGAUGAUGAAGAUGACGAAGCAGAAGAAGAGCUAAUCUCUGCAGAAGAGAGCGAAGAAGAAGAAGAAAUCCCACAAACCUUCAUAGAUUAUGACUCGGAGGAAAAUGAAAUCGAGGUUCAAAUGUCUAAAAAAGAUUGUCUUAAGCAAGCCAAUACCUUUUUGGAAAAAGAAGCAGAACUUUCUGAAUCCGAAUGGGGGAGCGCAGAUGAAGACGAACAAAAUCUGGAUAAAUACGAUCAGGAAUUGGGAGACGAAGAUGAGUUUGAUCAACAGAAACUUCAUACCGAAUUGGAGCAGAUUCAUAUGCGUAAAGUCCUCGACGACGAUAUUCGAGAAGUGAAAAAGAUUCAAGAGAUGUUAUUUGAUGACGAAGAAGCCGAUGGUGUUGGACGACAACGCAAAUUUCGCUGGAAGAAUGUCGAAAGUGGUUUUAGUUUAGAUGACCCCGCUGGCGGUGGUGCUGAUAAUGAUGAUCAGGUUGAUAGCGCAGACGAUGAGGAAGAGAUGAAAUGGCGCAAAAUGCGUUUCGAAAGGGAACAGUUUUUAAUGCAACGGACAACGGAGGAAAUUCUUGCUGAUGUGUCAAAAACAGAACUUGGUAAAAAACUGAUUGACACUAUGGUGGAACCUAAAUUGAACUAUGUAAUUGAAAACGAAGUCAUUGUGGAAAAAGAAUAUAAGAAACCUUCGUUCCUUAUUAAGCAAAAUGAUCUUUCGAAAAUGAGAAAUUCAGUUUUAAAUUAUGACAAGGACAUUCUUGCAAAGAUUGCAGAAUCAAUUACAAAAUCGGGAGAUUAUGAAAGAACUGAUAAUGAACAAGUGCAACAGAAAGCCAGCAAGACUGGUAAUUUUGUUUUCGCUCCAUUGACUGAAGAAGAAAAAGAGAUGCGAAAAAGAAAGGCUGAAGAAGAAAAAAUGGGUAAUGCUCCGAAGAAAAUGAAAACUUGCACGAAUAAAUCGUUGUUUUUGGAUGGACUGCUGUAAUUUUAAGUUUUAUAUUUUAUUAAAGCUGUAAAUAAUAUAUUUUUUAGUAAUUUAAGAUAUUCUCCAUAGUUAUAAUAAUAAUAAAAAUUAAUAACUUGCAAUAUAAAAAAACG